AUGGCGCCGUUAAUCGUGCGACGUCUGAACGCCCGGAUAUCCGAAGUAGGAGGGACUGCCCGUAUAUGCUACACGGGCGCCGGGAAUCGCGUCGAUAAAGCCACCGCCGCCGUCUUCACCGCCUUCAUGAAGUCGAUGGAAAAUGUCGCCGUCGACAUCGGUGUCGUCGAUCUACUCGGAGGCCGAAGUUGGUUUUUUGUCAUUUUGAGAACAUUAUGGAGAAAAGCUUCGCUCGAGAACAUGGACAAUGGCGGAGACGAUCAGCGGCUUCAUAACCUCGAGAACAUGGACAAUGGCGGAGACGAUCAGCGGCUUCAUAACCUCGAGAACAUGGACAAUGGCGGAGACGAUCAGCGGCUUCAUAACCUCGAGAACAUGGACAAUGGCGGAGACGAUCAGCGGCUUCAUAACCUCGAGAACAUGGACAAUGGCGGAGACGAUCAGCGGCUUCAUAACCUCGAGAACAUGGACAAUGGCGGAGACGAUCAGCGGCUUCAUAACCUCGAGAACAUGGACAAUGGCGGAGACGAUCAGCGGCUUCAUAACCUCGAGAACAUGGACAAUGGCGGAGACGAUCAGCGGCUUCAUAACCUCGAGAACAUGGACAAUGGCGGAGACGAUCAGCGGCUUCAUAACCUCGAGAACAUGGACAAUGGCGGAGACGAUCAGCGGCUUCAUAACCUCGAGAACAUGGACAAUGGCGGAGACGAUCAGCGGCUUCAUAACCUCGAGAACAUGGACAAUGGCGGAGACGAUCAGCGGCUUCAUAACACCAGCACGAACCUGGGCAUCCGCAGGAGCCGGAUCUCCGGAAAGUUGGUGGCACCUCCUAGGGUGCCAACCGAAUACCUGGCGGACGAUGCGCGCCCUCUGCUGGAUCAGACUGCAAAUAGCUCACUUGACUGCAUUCCGUUGGCCCUGGAUGUCAUCAUCAAGAUCAAGGGGCUGCAGCCAGCUCCAAAAGAAUGGUUCAAGGGAACGUGGCGGGUGAGUCUAUUUGAAUAU